ACGAAUCAACGGCUGGGUCGAAUUCCUUUAGUGAUCGGAAUGCCUGUGAUAAUAACUCAAAAUUUCGACGUUCAUGCGGGGGUCGUGAAUGGAGCCCAAGGAUUACUGAAAAGUAUUCGAUAUAAGGUCGAUGAGCAAGGGCGUCGGCAUGCUAUAUCUUGUGUUAUUACGUUGUCCACAACGGAGGUAACAGAGCCCUUACCUUACAUGGAAAACAAAGACGAUGUUGUGGCGUUAGAGGAUAAAGUGAGUUUAUCAUUC